AUGCACGCCCUCCGAGCAACAUUCCAAAUCGCGCGCAUCUUCCAGUCUUGCGCGCUGAUUGCCGUCAUCGGCCUGACGGCCAACUUUAUCGCGGAGAUUGUCAAGAUCAAUGCGAAACCCCCGAGUAUUUUGAUUGGAACUAUUACUGUGACCUGCAUCGCCGUGCUAUACUGCAUCCUCACCUCCAUCAUCCUCCUGGAUAAUAUCCUCCCAUUGCUCUACUGCGCGAUUAUCGACACACUUCUUAUGACCGCGUUGAUCGUCGUUGCGGUGAUCAUUGGACGACCGUUCUCGUAUCUGCAAUGCGCGGGUGUUCCCUCUCUCAUGCGACGAGACCAUGAAACAUCAGCGUAUGCAUUCGCGACGCGACUGAGUGAAUAUAUAAGCAGCUUGAACGGCGGAAAAGUCGACUAUGGAAGUUGGAUCGGGAUAUCGAGGGAGGUGUGUUUGGAGGCAAAGUCAACCUGGGGGUUGAGUAUUGGGCUAUGUGUGUUAUUCUUCUCCUCAGCAGUGUGCAGCGGAUAUCUCUGGCGCAUGAAGAAAAAGGCUGCGACUGGAAUGGGGAAACUGGAUGGAUAGUCGCAUUGUACUGCAUUGUUGUCUUCUAAUUCAUGUAUCGUAAUCACCCCGAACUAACCGGGGGAAUAAUCGCAACCUCAUCACCAGCCUGAAUCACCCUUCCUUCUCCUUCUUUGUUUCCAUCUGCCUCAUCAACAUCCACAUACUCAUCUCCAACACUCACACCACAGCUCUGUAGGACCUUUUCGCGGAUGCCCGGGUAUCGCGACUCGAGAGUGUCGAAGAGACGGUUCAGUGGGAGGGGCGCUGGAAGGGCCUCAGUGUUUUUGUUGAUGUAAGAGGACGCGAUAGAGAAAUAGUGGAUUUGGAAGGUUGCCAUUGCAUGGACUAUGUAGUUGGAUGGCGAGCGUAGUGGAAGUGAGAGUUGGUGGCUGUGGAAGCGGCAAUGGCAGUGGAGGAGUGAUAGAGCGGGGUCAGGUGAUAUCU